AUAAACCCUGUGACAAGAAUAGGACAAAGAAUGAUCUGAGUUUCAGUAGACAAUAACAUAAUGUUAUUUGACUAUUUUAUCAUGUUCUCAGUGUCUUACAGCAUGACACUAUAGAGAGUAAAACAGUUUUCUUGCUUCUAUAUUAGUGUAUAUAAGACUUUGGCAGAUUUACUUUCAACUGUUAUUGCAUAUUACUAGAAAAAUAAAAUGUUCAGAUAGAGGAUCAGGUUUUCUAGCCUAUUUGAGAAUUGAUUAAAUUCUUUAAAUGCACAGCUGUUUAUCUUUGCUUGGAUUUCAGAAUGUUAUUCACAAAAUGACUGUGGAAUUUAUUGGAAACAAACCCUGUGCUUUGGAGUCUAGAUUUUUCCUGGAUGAUGUGAUCAAAUGGUUGCAAACUGUCACUGCCUCUUCAGAGAAGAACAAACUCUAGCCAGCUCUGUACUAACUUGACUGGAAUCAUGACACAGUUCUACUCUGCUGCAUUAGUCCAGCUGUUGUGCACUAUGACUGUGCUGUUCCAAGUGACUUUGUCAGUGGAGCAUGUACCUAUGCUGCUUUGGUCAACUGGGAGGCCACAGUGGGAUCCAAACACUGCUUUGCAUGAAGGACACAUUAUAUCAACGCAGGAGCUGGCUGUUCUUUUGCAACCUGUUCUUACUCAAAAUUCUAAAAACCUCAUCUUGAUUGUUCAAGAUACGCUAAGCAUAGAUGAUUUCACAUAUUACAGUGAAACCUGUGGUAACAAGAAACCAUUUGAAAACGUUCAGGAAAUUCUUCAGUCUUCUCCUUCAUCCUUAGUUUUGCCUGCUGUUGACUGCAAGGCUACCCGGUAUCUUUUGGGCUUUCUCCAGGAGUCCGCGCAUUGGAAGUUAACAAACAUAACUAAUCUUGAUAUCUCCCAACUAGAAGUGAAUACAUCUAAACCAAACCUGUUUGUGGUACAGCUGCAAACGUUUGUCAGUAACUUCAAUGAUAUUUCUACCGUGGAAGCAGUUGCUGAAAAUGAUAAAAUAAUUGGAAGACUGAUGAUGGGUCUACAAGAACGAGGAAUUCAUUUUUCAGUAAUUUAUACUGCAAUGAGACCUUCAAGGAUUUCUAGAAGAACUGAUGCGACGUGGCAAUUAGGACGACAGUUAAUGGCCACUGAGGAGGAAGACAGUUUAUCAAAUCCUGUACUGAAUGUGACUAAUGGAAAUUAUACGUGCAUCCUUUUUUAUGCUAGUAAUUUCAGUCUCGUGGCCAACUCUUCAGUAUUAAUAGAUUUGACAAAUAUAACAUUUAUAGAUCAGAAUGUGGACAUUUCCUUCUCGGAGUGCUCAGACACCAACUCAACAUUGUCAUUAAAAUACACAAACCCAGUGAAUGGAAUCAACAGUCUGGAGAUAAGAUUUGUAAUGACCAACAUGUUCUAUGGAGGCUCGGCUAGAAACUGGUCCACUUUAGAGUCAGUUGAGAUUGUACAAGAUGAUAAUAAGUCUGUGAAGUUUAAUGUUUCUGACAUCUCUGCUCCCGCAGAGUAUUCAUUUCAUUGCCAGCUGGUGGGAACAAGCAAUCUUUAUCCUGCAAGGCUGAUUCCAUUCAACGAUGAAGCCAAAAAAUGGGAUGUUUUCAUUUCCAGGUUCCAACUUCAAGGCUUCAACAUUGAAAACAACCAAUUUUCCUAUGCGAGCGACUGUACAAGUUUCUUCACUCCUGCCAUCUGGAUGGGCUUGGUGACCUCUGUGAUUCUGCUGUGGAUCGUGGCCUAUGGCAUCCACAUGAUCAUGCAGCUCACAACAAACAGCAGAUUUGAUGAUCCCAAAGGUCCAGCCCUCUCAGUUCCUCAGACAGAAUAGGAGUGGACUGAGUUAAUGCAGCUUCAGCUCUUCCUGGUCUGAUAUUUGCAGUUUUAUAACCUUUCUACUCUGCAAUAAAUGUAACCUGAAGAAAUGCUGUAGCAGUAGGAAGGGAUAUUUAAGCCAGAUAUAAAAAGGAUCCUUUUGCUUGGCAACAGUAAUAGUUGUGUGUUUUAGUUUUGUAUUAACGAACAUCAGUUCAUUAAUAGUUAUUUUUGUUAAGGCUCUGAGAUGAGACUGUAGAAGUUACUGCUCUGUCCAGCUGUUAGAAAGACCAGUACGAAUUUCUAUCAAAUUAAAUAUUAUUGUCAAAGAAAGGAUAUCACAACAGAGCUACACUGGAACUAUUUAUAAGUUAUUUAUUCACUAAGACUUUAUAUUGAAAUCACUGAAGUCUCUUUAAAUCAUCUUUAAUAAGAAUAACAUGUUAACAUUACAACUUAAGAAGCCUGAAUUGUGUCUUCUCAGUUUUUCCCCGGCAAAAAUCACACAGAAAUGUAAAGAACUAGUAAACUACAAGGCACUAAAACAAAUGAUCUUGGAAAGUUUUU